AUGGCCCCUCAUCGUCCUCGGCGCGUCAAUGCCGAUGCUCCUAUUGAAUCACUCCAUGGUUAUUCAGGCCUUACUCAACCCCACCAUCACCACCACCACCUCAACAACACCGAAGGCUCACCCUGCUCUUGCUGCUCAGGCGGCGGCCAUCAUGGCUGCGGAUGCGGUUGUGCGGGGUGCUGGUGUCGACUUGGGCAUCAUUUCAAGGAUGACUCGAAUCGCGAGACCUACGGAGGCCAAGGUGGUGGCCACGGUGGUGCUGGUGGCAUGCCCAGCCCAGCCGUCGGCCGGCCCAGACACGUCUCGAGAUUCGACGAGUCUGCUUCGUCAUUUCAGUCCUCUGGGCCCUCCUUGAGCACCGGUGGCUUCAGCUUCGACAAUAGCUUCGAGGUGCCGGCCCCGUUAACCCUUGGCCGGGGUCAAGCCAUCGCCGCCAACACCGCUGCCCUGAACAUCAACACCCAUGCCAACGGACACCACCAUGCCUCGGAGGACUUGAUGGACGACGACGGCCCUCAUCCGUGGAGUCUCUUCACCGAGAGCCCGAACAGCCUCGACCACAUGUUCUUUGGAGACGACUCGUCCGGCAUGGUCAUCCCGGGCCUCAACGACGACUCGGCCCCCCUCGCCCGCGGUCCCGGCUCCAGCGUCGCCGACCGCACGACCCUGUCGAGCCAGUACGAAUCGUCGUUUUCGCCGCAGCCAAGUGUCAGUGCGAGUGCCAGCGCUAGCCAGAUUGUCGCGCACGUCGGCGCCGCGUUCGAGGAUCUCUCCCCAGUUGCAGCGGCGACAGCAGCACCGUCUCGCUUCCUCCGUCUCACACCGGAAUGCUCACAUAAUCUCCACCACUCCAUCUGA